CGCAGCGAACAUCUGCUCAAGGUCAAGUUUGACGCGGAAGUGGCCUCCUUCUAGAAACCCUAUCUUCGGCCUUCUUCAAUGGUCUCACAAUAUAGUCCCGAAGGCAUACACGAUGUCUGAACGCCCUGCAUACGACCACGACGACUGAUGCAUUCCACCUGUUUGCUCAAGUUCAUUCACGAAAGAGUGCAUCCAGCCGACUCCAGAAAUGGGUCGGCAGCCUCAUAUUGCGCGUCUAGCUUUGGGAAGGUCUCCUUUCGGUCCUCCGCUGGAAGAUGAGAAUGGAGAGUUCAUCCUGGGACCAAAUGUGCAACGUCGGACAGACCAAAACUAUAUCCAACAAUUCGACGAUCGAGGUCAUCCAAGAAAUCUUGAUUCUGAGACAUCGAGAAGGCGACUGCUUCGAGCCCAAAAUGAAGCUCUGUCCACAGUUGGUGUCGUUGUUCGCAAAGCGCAAAUGCAACGGACACGAUGGCAAUCCAUGAACGACAUGCAGAGAUACCGACUUCUCCUGGACGAACAUGCUACUGGUGCUUACUGCGAGAUCGUCGAGACUGUUGCCCAAAACGUAGCUACUCACUGGAUAGUCAACUUCCGCCGGCGGCUUUUUACCUUCAAGUCUUACUUGGGACUGCCAGUUCCUCAGAUGCUAUUCUCUGAAUGGAACAUCGUGGGCCCGAGUGCUUUCCUGUUUGCCGGCUUCCUUCCUGGCACAAUCGCGAGAAUCAGCCAAUUGCUCAGAGUCGCGAUACUAGAAGAUGAGAGAAUUUCAAAAUCAACGCGUCCGGCUAGGGUUUUUGGCCUAACGAAUCUUGGCAGAAUACUUCGCUGGUCAAGCCUGCAAGUGCUAUGGUUUGCCUUCGAAUACCCAUUCCGUGUCUAUUCCGUCUUACAGUCGCUAUACCUCAUCCCGCUUCAUCCAGCGCCGUCCUUGUCUGCCUUCAUACCCUUCAGCAGCCAGUCUCCCAUUCAGAUGUCGUCAGGUGUAUCAGACUGGUCUUGGAGAGGCUUGUUCCCAUUACUAGUGAAUACAAUUUCCAGUCCCUUUGCCUUGGCUCUCAUCAGAGACCUGGUUGGCAACUAUCUCUUUAAAAAGGUCUACGUCAUGGUCCGCCAGAUAGCGGCCAAGCCUGAUCGGCCGGAUCGCAUAUCACUACAAAGUGCCAGAAAUCUGAACCUUGAAACCGCAUCUCUCGAACUGGAAGAGGCUAUUUUUGGUGAAUCGGGCGAGAUGGGCACCCGGUCCAUGAGAGAAACUAUUCAGGCAAUUAUUCCAGCCUCGUUAUGGUUUUGGGUCCGGAUCAUUCAAACACAAAGAGUUCCACUGGCAGUCGAGUUAAGCCCGAAUAUCGAAAGAGAGUUGCUAGGACGGAGCGCCAUGCACUAUCGAGCAUUAUAUCGACAAAAUCGUGAGCUUGACCUCAGGCGAGCCCCGAGAACCCUUCGAGUCAUGGCUAUCCGUUCUGCUUUUCACGACUUCGAUCUGGAUCCGGAUCACUCAAUGAUUGACAUAUUUGAACUCGCGGACGAUGUCAGCUUUUUAGCGUCCAGUACGGCGUCUACCUCGACACCAGACCCACACGACCUUCCACUCUUUACAGAAGCUGUAACAGGCCCCGGCACCGCGAGCGAGUCUCGAGCCGAUGCCGAACCCGAAAGUCGGCAAAGAGAGCGCCAAUCCGGGGAUGGACACAUUGAAGAAAAUACAAAUGAUCAAGAUCUCCUUGUCUGGGGCGACUCGCACGAAGAAACCGGCGACACUGUCGGUCCUCUCCCAUUUUCAGGCAGUCCAGUCGUGGAUGGAGAAAGCUUUCAGCCUGCCGUCCCGCUAGAGACACUUCUUGAGCCUGGUCAGCCCAACAACGCAGAAUCAGGAGAGUUGCAAACAACUAGUCCUGUUCCAGCCCCACCGGAUCCGGGGUCUCCUAUCGUUCCAAUUCCAUCCACGGGCUCUCCUCUCCAGCGAACCCCAUCCCCCAUCUCCCCUGUUCCGGGCAUAUCUCGUGCGACGAGUCUACCGCACACAACACCAAGGCCUGUGCGGCGUCCGACAGUCAUAGAACAAGAUGCGCCGACCAUGGGGGACGAGAUGCUACAGCGUCGUCAACCGCAAUCAAGAGAUCCGCGUAAUGCAGACGAGAGUCUCUAUCGUGUGACUGUCCUUUCAAACCAUCCAGCUGAAGCAUUUGCACAUUAUACGACCUCAAUCAUCCAGUCGAUUAUCCUGCUCCCGCUUGAUAUCAUGUUCUUCAGGUCACUAGCUCGAGGCUUCCUCUCCCGCCAUUCUCCAGAUCAACAAAUGGCCAGGCCCUCCUCAUUGCUUAGCGAUGUGUGGCCUGUCACUUCAGGACUGGGAGUGCGAGACCUUUCUAUGACGCAAAGACUGCAAUUCUGGGGCAAUUUCUUCCUCACGAUCGGCAUGCAAGGCUUGGUAAAUUUUGUGAUAUGGGGAGUCGGUACGCGGGUAACAAUGGGACUGGGAGAAGGAUUCGGUUGGGGGAAUAUAUGAGGCCUCUCGGAACUGACUUGGUGGGAAGGUGAAAAGUGUUUUGAGCAAAGCAGUCCAAAAGAUACCCGGCCACUUGGUCACACAAAAGUCAAUUUCGCUUCUUCGAAGUGCUGAAAAGAACCGAUUCCCAAAGAUCAUGAUCCGUUCUAUGUGUAUUGCUG